AUGGCCGCGGUUCGGGGCCUGGCGCUGCGGGCGCGGCUCCUGCGGCCCCCCCCGGGCUCGGGCAGCGGCGGCGCCGCGGCCCCCCUGUCCUCGUCCUCCUCCUCGCGCCCCCCGCCCCGCUCCCGCUGGGGGCCAUGGGGGGGCCGCGCGGCGCUGGCGGCUCUGGGGGCGCUGGCGGCGGGGGGGGGGACCCUGGCGCUGGGCUCGGCGCUGGCUGCGGGGGAGCUGGAGCUGCACCCCCCAACCUUCCCCUGGAGCCACAGCGGGGCCCUGGCCGCGCUCGACCACGCCAGCCUGCGCCGCGGCUUCCAGGUGUACCGGCAGGUGUGCUCCGCGUGCCACAGCCUCGAGUACGUCGCCUUCCGCAACCUCAUCGGCGUCUCCCACACCGAGGCCGAGGCCAAGGCGCUGGCGGAGGAGGUGCAGGUCCUGGACGGCCCCGAUGAGAACGGGGAAAUGUUCCUGCGGCCCGGCAAGAUCUCCGACUACUUCCCCAAGCCGUACCCCAACGCCGAGGCCGCGCGCGCCGCCAACAACGGGGCGCUGCCCCCCGACCUCAGCUACAUCGUCAACGCCCGGCACGGCGGUGAGGACUACGUGUUCUCGCUGCUGACCGGGUACUGCGAGCCGCCGGCGGGGGUGACGGUGCGCGAGGGGCUGCACUACAACCCCUACUUCCCGGGGCAGGCCAUCGGCAUGGCCCCCCCCAUCUACAGCGAGGUCCUCGAGUACGACGAUGGCACCCCGGCCACCAUGUCACAGAUUGCCAAGGACAUCUGCACCUUCCUGCGCUGGGCAGCGGAGCCGGAGCACGACCACCGCAAACGGAUGGGCCUGAAGAUGCUGAUGAUCUCGGGGCUCCUCAUCUCCCUCCUUUACUACUUGAAGCGCCACAAGUGGUCGGUGCUGAAGAGCCGGAAGAUGGUUUAUCGGCCCCCCAAGUAGGGGGCAUGGGGGGUGUCCUCCCCCUUGCGGUUCCCCCGUCACCCCCGGGUGCAGCAAUAAAGCCUGGGUUGAUCG